AUGGCUCCCUCACUGCGAGAGCGCGCCUCGUUUGUGCGUCCAACGACUCGAGACCGGCCAGCGACUCGAGAUCAGUCGGAGUCGCUCACCAUCCCAAGCCGGACCUCAUCGCUGCACUCGAGGAUAACACAGCCAAUUCCCUCGACCCUGAACAUGAAGCCGGUGCAGAGGACCCCCAAGACGCUCACUCAUGCGUAUAUGGUCUGCGGUGUUGGCCGUGAGCCGUCACAGUGGGUGAAGGCACCGCCGCCGCCGCAGGGUAAGAUAGGCCAUAUGAAGGGCGCCGUUGGGCAGUUCUGGCUUCCAGAGAUCUUGGGAAGCAGUCCUAGGCUCGAGCAGGAUAACGAAAUAGCAAAGUCUCUACACGCUGCUAUGCGAGCGUGUUUCCCUCAUGAUGUCGAGAUAUGCACUGGCAAGAACCAGCCUCACUGCGUUCACCACGCAUUUGUCCUCCAGCAGGACUCGUCUCACACUCUCUAUGGCAUUGCCCUCAGAGUCUGGUCUCGAGCUGACGAGAAGCGUGCGGAGACCAUCAGGGAACUACGCAAGAAGACGGAGAACAACUUCUAUGACAACCCAGAUGAGAUAUAUUGGAUCCCCUACUGCCUAAGCUUCCUCUCCAGAUACCCCCUAUAUAACCUCCUGGGAGACUAUCUACGUGGAAUGUGGAUCCAUUGGAACAAGGCCACCAAUCUAUUCCACGCAGAGGAAGUGUCCAGAAUCCUCAGCUUCCCGGCCCCUCGCCUUAAUGACUUAGUCCGUAUCGACAUGAAAGACUAUGCCCUCUGCUACCAGUUCCCAUCUUCUCCCACUGGAUUCCAGAACUUUGCCAUGUGGCCCCUUUUCUGCUGUCUUUCGAUUCCAAACAUUGUGGGCGUCAUCGAAGCGGCCGUUUCCCCUACCCGCAGGAUCAUUUUCGUUAGUCACUAUCCUGCCAUUUUGACCGUUGCGGCUGAAACUGUUCGUUUCUGCGUCCGCGUGUAUGAGUGGAGCGGUCUGUAUAACCCGGUCGUCCACGCAAGGCAUGUUAAGGAGCUGGUCCAGGAGCCCGGCCCCUAUAUCCUUGGAGUGACUACCGAGUGUCGAGACUUGUUCACCGCGCCUACCGAUGCAUUGGUCAUCGAUCUGGAUCGCAACUUUGUACUAACUUCCAGCCCACCAAACAUCCUCACCCAAGGUCAGAGGAAUAAGAUGAUCACUCGUCUUACCCAGGCUUUGUCUGGAGAGGUGACCCCAAGCGGGCCACCCCCACACCUUCGAUCCGCGUAUGGCGGAGGGAAGCUGGUUCCAGCUGGUCAGAUCAUCGUCAUGAGAGGAGAGAUCGAGAGUGUCCAAGAUCCAGAGUGGUGGAACCAAGACGGUGUCAUGGCCGUCAUGGACCAUGUUUGUGAGAAACUGGGUCGAAACACUGGCCUGAAGGCUGUGUUUGGAGGAUCGGUUAAGAAGCCAUUGAUGACCAAGGUGUCCACGAGACACCUCAACGAGAUUGUCCGUGAACGUAACCAGUACUCCAGAGAUGCUCUCGAGGCCUGGCAAGACUUUAUCAAUCUCAAGGGUAGAAUGGACACCGAGUUGACCAAAGUCACUAAACGCAACAACUUCCUCGUGGAGGAACUUGAGACCUGGAAACAGCAGUUCCUCAAGUUCCAGAAGUUCGCCGAACAACUCACCAAGGAAACAUCAGACCUCAAGGUCAAGAUUGAAACUCACAAACGCGAGAGUCGUCGUCUCACCAGCCUUAUCGACCAGCAAAAGGACGACAUCAUUCGUCUUACUCUGCGUCUAUCUGGCACUGAGAAACAGCGUGAUGAUGCUUUGGAGGCUCUUGUACUCCAACAGGAAAUCGCUGAGGAGUUGGAGCGUGAGAGGAAGCGAAAUGAAAAGGAGAUUUCUUCUCUACAGCAUACCAACUCAAAUCUCCUGCGUCAACGAGACGAUGCUCAGCGUGUCGUUAUUCAUCUUCGCAGCCUUAUCAACGGCCAGGCUCACCACAUGGAGCAUAUUGUCCGCUCCAUCAACAACUCGCCUGAGCUGGCUCAGUACAUUGAAGACAGCUACGAGAACUCUGACGAUAUUGGCCACGGUGAAGAAGAUGGUUCCAAGACCGUUGAAUCUUCUGGUAAAACCACCCCUGGCCUCAAAUCCAGCUCCCGUCUCGGUAGCCGAUCUGCUACCCCUACUGUCUCAGAAGACGUGUCUUCUGGCAUUGACAAGCGUAUCUCGAACAUUGAGAGGAAGAGGCGUUCUCCAAGACUAAGCAUGUCAGACGUGGCUGAUAGACACCUCCGUGAUAAGACCGAUGCCAUCGCAGAUAUCAUUCGCACCAUCAGUGACCAGUGUGCCGCUGCCGUUGAGGGUCUUCAGCUCGCUCAAAACGCCGAUUUCGAUGACUCCGAGGUUUCCAAGAGUAAUGAAAGCCGUGGAGGCAUGGAGAUCGAACGCUCCCAGGGAAGCGAGGCAGAUGACAACGAGAGUACUCACCUCAGCCCAGAUGGUCGCCACUCCACCAUCCCUCCUACUCCAGACCUUGUCCCUAACCGGUCAAGCACAUCGAUGUCGAUGGCUAGCAGCUCCACGUUCCAGGAGAGAUCAAGCCAGCAGUAUGGACCGAACGAUAUACCCACAAAAAUUGUAGAACAUGAUGAUGAGCAUGCUCAUGAGGCGGAGCAGGAAGAGGAGAGCGUCAGCUCGCUGGGCAAACAGUCCACCAGUCCUAACUUUAUCAGACCCAGAGCGUCGAACAUUAUCGCAUAG